CGGAGAGCCAGCGCAGACUUUCCUCGCUCUCGCUGGGCAGCGAGACCAGCCGUCCGCUCGGUCCCUGGCGAAGAGUCGGGGUUCCGGGUCCCUCGCCGUCUCCAGUCUCCAGCAGCUCAGCCCCGGGCAGGCGCAGGAUGCGGGCGGGGCGCGCGGGGCCCGCGCCGCUGCGGCCGGUGCUGCUGCUCCUUCCAGGCAUCUUGCGUUGCUGUGUGGCAUACAACGUGGGCCUCCCAGAAGCGAGGAUAUUCUCCGGUCCUUCCGAUGCCCAGUUUGGCUACUCGGUGCAGCAGCUCAUCCACCCAAAAGGCAACUGGCUGCUGGUCGGCUCGCCGUGGAGUGGCUUCCCGGACAACCGCAUGGGAGACGUGUACCGAUGUCCUCUCCACCUGCCCACGGCCGCGUGCGAGAAGCUCAAUCUGCAAGCCUCCGUGAGCAUCCCCAACGUGACGGAGAUAAAAAGCAACAUGAGCCUCGGCCUGACGCUCAGCAGGAACGCGGGCACCGGAGGGUUUCUCACAUGCGGCCCGCUGUGGGCUCAGCAGUGCGGAAGUCAGUAUUACACGACUGGGGUUUGUUCCGACGUCAGCCCCGACUUUCAGCUCCUGGCCAGCUUCUCGCCGGCGGUGCAGACCUGCACUUCCUUCAUAGACGUGGUGGUUGUGUGCGAUGAAUCGAACAGUAUCUACCCCUGGGUGGCGGUAAAGAACUUUCUGGAAAAAUUUGUGCAAGGCCUGGAUAUAGGCCCCUCGAAGACACAGGUGGGGCUCAUUCAGUAUGCCAACGCCCCCAGAGUUGUGUUCAACCUGACCACCUUUAAAACCAGAGCUGAGAUGACCGCGGCGACAUCCAGGACGGUCCAGAAGGGCGGGGACCUCACCAACACGUUCAAAGCCAUUCAGUACGCGAGAGACCGAGCUUACACGGCGGCUGCUGGGGGACGGCCAGGCGCCACCAAGGUCAUGGUGGUUGUCACCGACGGCGAGUCGCACGACGGCUCCAUGCUGAGCGACGUGAUCGCGCAGUGUAACGAGGACAACAUCCUGCGGUUCGGCAUCGCGGUCCUCGGGUACUUAAACAGAAAUGCCCUCGACACGAAAAACCUAAUAAAAGAAAUCAAAGCGAUCGCCAGUGCCCCCACCGAGAGGUACUUCUUCAACGUGUCCGACGAAGCCGCGCUGCUGGAGAAGGCGGGCACCAUCGGAGAGCACAUCUUCAGCAUCGAAGGCACCGUGCAAGGCGGAGAUAACUUCCAGAUGCAGAUGUCCCAAGUGGGGUUCAGCGCGGAUUACUCUCCUGAACACGACGUCCUCAUGCUGGGUGCAGUCGGGGCUUACGACUGGAGCGGGACCGUUGUUCAGCAGACGGCCAGCGGACACCUGACCUUCUCCAAACAGGCCUUCGACCAGAUCCUGCAAGACAGAAACCACAGCUCCUACCUAGGUUACUCGGUGGCCGCCAUCUCUACCGGAAAAGGAGUCCACUUCGUCGCGGGCGCCCCUCGGGCGAAUUACACGGGCCAGAUAGUGCUGUACAGUGUUAAUGAGAAUGGCAACGUCACGGUGAUUCAGGCUCACAGAGGCGACCAGAUUGGCUCCUAUUUUGGAAGCGUGCUCUGCUCCGUGGAUGUGGACAAGGACGGCGUGACAGACGUGCUCCUGGUGGGUGCGCCCAUGUUCAUGAACGACCUGAAGAAAGAGGAGGGGAAAGUCUACCUGUUCACCAUCACGAAGGGCAUUUUGAACUGGCACCAGUUUCUGGAAGGCCCCGAGGGCGUGGAAAACGCGCGGUUCGGCUCCGCGAUCGCCGCCCUCUCGGACGUCAACAUGGACGGCUUCAAUGACGUGAUCGUGGGGUCGCCUCUGGAGCAUCAGAACGCGGGGGCCGUGUACAUCUACAACGGCCACGGGGGCACCGUCCGCACCAAGUUCUCCCAGAAAAUCCUGGGAUCCGACGGAGCCUUCCGGAGCCGGCUCCAGUACUUCGGGAGGUCCUUGGACGGCUUUGGAGACCUGAAUGGGGAUUCCAUCACCGAUGUGUCCAUUGGCGCCUUUGGACAAGUUGUCCAGCUCUGGUCGCAGAGCAUUGCUGAUGUGUCUGUAGACGCUGCGUUCACACCAGAAAAAAUCAUCCUGUUCAACAAGAAUGCGGAGAUCCGCCUCAAACUCUGCCUGAGGGCGAAGUUCAGGCCCGCCACGCCCAGCAGCCGCGUGGCCAUUACCUAUAACAUCACCAUGGACGCAGACCUGUAUUCGUCCCGCGUGACCUCCAGGGGGCUGUUUAAGGAGAACGGUGACCGGUGCCUGCAGAAGAAUGCCAUCGUCGGUCCCGGACAGACCUGCUCUGCGUUCGCCAUCCUCAUCCAGGAGCCCUCGGAUGUUGUCAGUGCCCUGAGUCUCCUCGUGAACAUCAGCCUGGCGCACCCCGGCACCAGCCCCGCCCUGGAGGCCUACUCUGAGACGGCCAAGGUCUUCAGUAUCCCGUUCCACAAGGACUGUGGCGACGACAGCGUGUGCGUCUCCGACCUGGUGCUGGAGGUCCGGCAGCUGCCGGCCGCUCAAGAGCAACCCUUUAUCGUCAGCAACCAAAACAGAAGGCUAACGUUCGUGGUGACUCUGAGAAACCGAAGGGAGAGCGCGUACAACACUGGGCUCCGAGUGGGUUUCUCGGAAAACGUGUUCUUUGCUUCCUGGUCCACGCCGGUGGACGGGACGGAAGUGACGUGCCAGGUGGCCGCCUCUCAGACGUCCGUGGCCUGCGAUGUGGGGUACCCCGCUCUGAAGCCAGAACAGCAGGUGACGUUUACUAUUAACUUCGACUUCAAUCUUCAAAACCUUCAGAAUCAGGCAUCUUUCAGUUUCCAAGCCUCAAGCGAAAGCGAGGAAGCAAACGAGGCAGAUAAUGCGGCCAACUUCACCAUCCGACUGCUGUACGACGCGGAAAUCCACAUCACCAGAUCGACCAGCAUCCACUUCUACGAAGUCUCGGAGGGGCGUGCUCCGUCCACGGUGCGCAGCCUGGAUGACAUCGGCCCCAAGUUCGCCUUCUCCGUGAAGGUGACCACAGGGAGCAUCCCCGUGAGCAUGGCCUCCGUCAGCAUCCGCCUCCCCCAGCUCACCAAGGACCAGAACCCGCUCCUGUACCUGACGGGCGUGCACACGGACCAGGCCGGCGACAUCAGCUGCCACGCCGACGUGGACCCGCUGAAGAUAGGACAGACGCCGGCUUCCGUGUCUUUCAAGAGCGAAGACUUCCGGCACCUCAAAGACCUGAACUGCAGGACCACCCGCUGCGGGAACAUCACCUGCUGGCUGCGAGACCCGCAGGUGCGGGCCGAGUACUUCCUGAACGUGUCCACGCGCAUCUGGAACGGCACCUUCGCAGCCGCGACCUUCCAGACGGUGCAGCUCACGGCCUCCGCGGAGAUCGACACCUACAACCCGCAGGUCUACGUGAUCCAGGAGAACACGGUCACGAUUCCCGUCACCAUCACGAAGCCGCACGAGAAAGCUGAAGUGCCCACCGGCGUGAUCGUGGGGAGCGUCAUCGCCGGCGCCCUCCUGCUCCUGGCGCUGGUGGCGGUGCUCUGGAAGCUCGGCUUCUUCAAGAGGAAAUACGAGAAAAUGAUCAAGAAUCCAGACGAGGCUGACGAGACCAUGGAGCUCAACAGCUGAGCCCGGCCGGACCCGUGGGCCGGGCCGCCUCCCGCCGGCGGCUGCCGUGGCCGAGGAUGUGGUUUUA